AAGAAUUAUCAUUAUGCUAUUUUUAAGAAAAUCGACAAUUUUUCCAUGCUUUAAGAGGCAAAUAAUCGUUGGGCCCUCUAAGGGAAUUCCAACGAUAAGUAACGUGCCUCGCUUUGGAAAGCACUUGACGUCAAGUUCACGUGAGGAGCAAACUACAAUUGAACCAGAUGUAGGUUCUGAAUUACGUGCACAAGCAGCUUGCAAGGACAGCUAUGGUUUUCUAAGGAAGCCGUUGCUUAUGAAAUCAUGGACUGAAUUUCAAAAGGAGCUACAGAGAAUAGAGUUUCAAUGGUACCUUGCUCCUGAAUCCGGUGGUAUUAUUACUCUAAAAGUAUUUGACCACUCGGAGCCUGGUAACGGUUUUUUAUGCGAAUUGAAGGGAAAUGGAUCCAAAUGCACACCGAUAGCUGAUUUUUUUGAAUGUUGUGGAUCUAUACUAACAGGAAAUUCCGAAUCACACACUAUUUAUUUCAUUAAUGACACAAGUGAAUUUCUUCUGCUUGUAAAUAGUGAAAGAUUUAUCAAUUCACAUGACAGAAUAAAAUCGGAAGAUUUAGCAAAAAAGGAGGAGCUAAUGCAUACCAUUGGCUUGGGGACCAUGGUGAACCUUUUAAUUAUCGACAAAAAAACAAAUCUUCGGACUCCUUUGUUUAAUAAAAUUUCAUUGCUAACAUUAAAUUAUGCCUUUUUAACUUCAAUUCCAAUUUUUUUGAAAAGGAACGAUGUUGGUGUCCGAAACGUGGAUUUUGUUUCUAAAAAUCAAAUCCAUCAUUUUCGAUUUGCUUGGUGCUUUAUACGAAGCAGGUCAUCCAUGACCCCCAUAGAUAUAACAGAGCUGGAUUGUUUAUUACCCAUAUAACAAAAAUUUAUUAACAAUAAAA